AUGAAGCCAGCGGCGGUUGGUCGGAGGGGCGGAGAGGCGUCCUCGCCCAGCGCGGGGUCGGCCCCUGUGGGAGUGCGGACUCCGUCGCCCAGGGGAAAGGGCGCGAGCCGUGAAGGUGUCGGCGGAGGCGGCGGUUGCGGCUGCGGCGGCCAGGGAGGCGGCGGACCGCGUCGCCAAGGAAGGUCCCGGGGCCGCGGCUCUGGACCAUCAAAAAGGGCGAUUACCUGUUCGACUCAGGUUGCGGAAGGUGCGGAGGCGCCAGCCGAACCCUCUCCUGUGUCGACGAAGCCGGCACACCCUGUCCGACAGGUUGGGCGGAGCGCCGCCCCGGCGGCCGGGGCCCGAGGAGCGAAGGUCGAAACGCCCGCCGUGGGCGCGGUUUCGGUGCGCUCCCUGGAGGUUGAUACGGGCGCCGUUGGGUCGUCCCGGGCGCCGACGGGCGUGCGGGACGCGCGGGCGGCCUCGCCCGUGGUUCCGCGAUCGACCCCGCCGACGAUCGAGGAGCACGACGCGCAGAAAGUCGCCUUCGCCACACGAAAGGCGGUGCAAGUGGCCGUAGCGGCUCAGGUCGCCGACCUCGGGGCACGGCACCGAGAGGCGGCGAGCCGGUGGGAGCGCCUCACCGCUGAGGACCGCGUGGACCACGACCGCGCUCGCCAGGAGGCGCGGAAAGUGGCCUCUUCUGUGCAAACGCAGCGGGAAUCCGUGGAGGAAAUGUGGGUAGAACUCCACGAGGCGCAGCAAGUGCGGGCGGCCAUCGAGGCGAAAAUCGCCGACGCCCGGUCGGCGCUGGGCAUUAUGGAAGCCCGGUACCGCGCGCGAACGGACGAUAAGAGUGCUGUUCGUGGGGCCCGAGAGAAGGAUAUUAAGCUGGCGAAAAUCGAGGCCGACGCGCUGGCUGAGGAGCUCAGCGCGGCUUCCGAGCAGCAGCGCCGCAUGCGGGGCGCUCACACCGAGCGCCUGGCCGCGGAGGAAUCCGCGGCGAGGGCAAAAGGGGCGUCUGUCCUCCCGGCCCCGCCAUGUCGCACUGGGGACGAGGUCCGGGACGGCCUCGAGAGGCGCGAGCGCCGGCGGCUCGCGGACGCCGCCCUGCUGGAAGAGGCGGGCGCCAUUCCGGACGGCCCGGGUGAUACGAGUUCGGCGUUGGAGGUGUCUGCGCCUCCUGUGUCGGGGAGCGCGGCCGCACCGGCCCGUGAGGAGACCGGCGACUCGGUGUCUCUCGCCAGGGAAGUGGCCACGGUCAUGGCACAGGGGUCCGGUUUCACGUUCGACCAAGCCAUGAAGUUGGCGCUCGCGACGAAAAAGCGCAAGGACUGCCCGCCGUCCAGCGGGUCGGAGGACGUGACGGGUGGUCUGCGACGGAUUCUGGCGGCGAGUACCGCGGUGGUGGGCGCGGACAGCGCUAUGGCCGUGGUGGCGGACGAUACCGCUCGGGCAAGGAGCGGACUGUUCACCAGCAUUCCGGUGGGAGCGGAGACUCGGACGGGCAUGGCCGCGGGUUUGGCGGCCGCACGCGAGGCUCCCGAGGACGUGGAGGCCGUGGUGGCGGACGUGGCAGAACGAUAA